AGCCCAGCGGCCGCCUCUCCGGAGCUCUCUGUCUUCUCCAGGCUUUCGCGUGCGGACCGGGGUUUGUGCGAGCAAGGAAGCAGCCCAGGGUGAUACCUGGCACGUACACCGGUGGCUGAGCCGGAGACGAGCCGGGGUCGCUUCACGCAGGAGCCACUGGAGGGUCCAGCUCGCGCUCGCUGAGCCAAGCCCGUUCCUGCGCCUAACCCGCAGGGGACCCUUGAACGAUAGAGACCCCGGGACCACCGAGCUGAUGGCAUCUUCCACGCCUUCGUCUGCAACCUCCUCGAACGCGGGAGCGGAUCCUAAUACUACCAACCUGCGCCCUACAACAUAUGAUACUUGGUGUGGUGUAGCCCAUGGAUGCACCAGAAAACUGGGCCUGAAGAUCUGUGGCUUCUUGCAAAGGACCAACAGCCUGGAAGAGAAGAGUCGCCUUGUGAGCGCCUUUAGGGAGAAGCAGUCCUCCAAGAACCUGCUUUCCUGUGAAAACGGUGACCCGGGUGCCCGAUUCCGGCGCACAGAGACGGACUUCUCCAACCUAUUUGCUCAAGAUCUGCUUCCGGCCAAGAAUGGGGAGGAGCAAACUGUGCAGUUCCUGCUGGAGGUGGUGGACAUACUCCUCAACUAUGUCCGCAAGACGUUUGAUCGCUCCACCAAGGUGCUGGACUUCCACCACCCACACCAGUUACUAGAAGGCAUGGAGGGCUUCAAUUUGGAGCUGUCUGACCACCCUGAGUCUCUGGAGCAGAUCCUGGUUGACUGUAGAGACACCCUAAAGUACGGGGUUCGUACAGGUCAUCCUCGAUUUUUCAACCAGCUCUCUACUGGUUUGGAUAUCAUUGGUUUGGCUGGCGAGUGGCUGACAUCAACUGCCAAUACCAAUAUGUUUACAUACGAAAUUGCACCCGUGUUUGUUCUCAUGGAACAGAUAACACUUAAGAAGAUGAGAGAGAUCAUUGGAUGGUCAAGUAAAGAUGGUGAUGGGAUAUUUUCUCCUGGGGGAGCAAUAUCCAACAUGUACAGCAUCAUGGCUGCUCGCUACAAGUACUUUCCGGAAGUUAAGACAAAGGGCAUGGCGGCUGUGCCCAAACUCGUCCUCUUCACCUCAGAACACAGUCACUAUUCCAUAAAGAAAGCGGGGGCUGCACUUGGCUUUGGCACAGACAAUGUGAUUUUGAUAAAGUGCAAUGAAAGGGGGAAGAUAAUUCCAGCUGAUUUAGAGGCAAAAAUUAUUGAGGCCAAGCAAAAGGGAUAUGUUCCCCUCUAUGUCAAUGCAACUGCAGGCACGACUGUUUAUGGCGCUUUUGAUCCAAUACAGGAGAUUGCAGACAUAUGUGAGAAAUACAACCUUUGGCUCCAUGUCGAUGCUGCCUGGGGUGGUGGGCUGCUCAUGUCCCGGAAGCACCGCCACAAACUCAGCGGCAUAGAAAGGGCCAAUUCAGUUACCUGGAACCCUCACAAGAUGAUGGGCGUGUUGCUACAGUGCUCGGCCAUUCUGGUCAAGGAAAAGGGUAUACUCCAAGGAUGCAACCAGAUGUGUGCAGGCUACCUGUUCCAGCCGGACAAGCAGUAUGAUGUCUCCUAUGACACUGGGGAUAAGGCAAUUCAGUGUGGCCGCCAUGUGGACAUCUUCAAGUUCUGGCUGAUGUGGAAAGCAAAGGGUACUGUGGGAUUUGAAAACCAGAUCAACAAAUGCCUGGAGUUGGCUGAAUACCUCUAUGCCAAGAUUAAAACCAGAGAAGAAUUUGAGAUGGUUUUUGAUGGUGAGCCUGAGCACACAAAUGUCUGUUUCUGGUACAUUCCACAAAGCCUCCGAGGGGUUCCGGACAGCCCUGAGCGACGAGAAAAACUGCACAGGGUGGCUCCCAAGAUCAAAGCCCUGAUGAUGGAGUCGGGGACAACCAUGGUUGGCUACCAGCCGCAGGGGGACAAAGCCAACUUCUUCCGGAUGGUCAUCUCUAACCCAGCCGCCACCCAGUCUGACAUCGACUUCCUCAUUGAGGAGAUAGAGAGGCUGGGCCAGGACCUGUAACCCCCUUUGCUGAACAUGGGCCUUUGGCCAUGCUCUCUCCCCUCUGGCACACUUCAGUAGCUGAUACACCCCAGCCGUUUCACUGAAGGAAAUGGUAAUCUCUUGAAGAAUAUUUGUCACAACUUCACGUAAGCUUGUUUAUUAGCGUUAGCAGGAAAUAAUGUUCUUUAAAAAACUGCACAUUAGGAACACAGUAUAUAUGUACAGUUAUAUAUACCUCUCUCUAUGUAUAUGUAUGUAUAGUGAGCGUGGCUUAGUCCUAGACCACAGCAUGCCUCCCGUCCCCCAGAGAAUUAGCCUCACCUCCCAAAAUUCUUAAGAGGCUAACUGCAGGACAGAUGGCACCCCCACUGCUGUGUCCUAGGGACCCAGGGAUAUGCUGCUGGUGGGAGCCUACCUCCCUGUUAGAGCUGUUCCCACCUGAAGGGAUGGAUGAUGGAUGUCAGAAAGUACCGGUAGAUGACAAGUGUCACACCCUCCCUGUUAGUACCCUGCUAGGGGAAAUAGUAGCAGAGUCCGUCACAAUCGUGCUGUUGCUGUUUUUAGAGAUUAAUUGUGUAGACUAUGUAUAUUACUGUGUCUGUCCUUGGGCAGGGGGAAGCACAUAUAAUGAUUUAAUUGUAUGUCAGCGAAAUGUUUGUUUAUUUAUAUUCAAAUAUAUAUCAUGUUGAGAGGCAUCUUAUAUUUUCUUCUCAUUUGUAAUGUAUCUUAUUUAUAUAUUAAUGAAGUAAGUUCUGAAUACUGUUUAUGGUAUUUCGUGCAUUUGUGAGCCAAAGAGAAAAGAUGAAAAUUAGUGAGACUUGCAUUUAUAUUAGAGUGCCCUUAACAUAAUGAUUUAAGCAUAUGCAUACUGUCUGGAAAAUUGUUCUGAUGCUGUAUAUAGAGUCAUAUAUAUGGAAAUCCUGCUUCAGUAGCCUCUGCUCUUCUCUUUCCCUGUCUGGCUGUAUGUCGGGAUGUUCUCAAUGCUUUUCUAGUAACUGUUGAAUAAUAAUAACUAGAUCUCCUGUAAUUUUGUAGUAGUACAUGACCAAUCUCUGUGACUCGCUUAGCUGAAACCUAAGGCAAUGUUUCCGAAGAUCUCCGAUACACUGACCAGUCCCACAAGUGUUUUUGAAGAAAUGAAACCCACACUGUGCGUUUUAGAGUAUGCAAGAAAAUAUAAAUAAAGAAAUAAAUAUUCUCCAUGAA